GGGAGCGGGCUCCGGAGCCGAGCCGGAGCGGGCGGCGAAGGCCGGCGCGGCGAGCAGCAACCAUGUCGGUGUUCGGGAAGCUGUUUGGGGCCGGAGGGGGUAAGGCCGGCAAGGGCGGCCCGACCCCCCAGGAGGCCAUCCAGCGGCUGCGGGACACGGAGGAGAUGCUGAGCAAAAAACAGGAGUUCCUGGAGAAGAAGAUCGACCAGGAGCUGACGGCCGCCAAGAAGCACGGCACCAAAAACAAGCGCGCUGCCCUUCAGGCGCUGAAGCGCAAGAAGAGGUAUGAGAAACAGCUGGCGCAGAUUGAUGGCACCCUUUCAACCAUUGAGUUCCAGCGUGAGGCCCUGGAAAAUGCCAACACCAACACCGAGGUGCUCAAGAACAUGGGCUACGCUGCUAAGGCCAUGAAGGCUGCCCAUGACAACAUGGACAUCGAUAAAGUUGAUGAGUUAAUGCAGGACAUUGCUGACCAGCAGGAACUUGCAGAAGAGAUUUCCACGGCUAUUUCCAAACCUGUAGGCUUUGGAGAGGAGUUUGAUGAGGAUGAACUCAUGGCAGAAUUAGAAGAACUAGAACAGGAGGAGCUAGACAAGAAUUUGCUGGAUAUCAGUGGACCCGAAACAGUCCCACUACCAAAUGUUCCCUCUAUAGCCCUACCAUCGAAACCUGCCAAGAAGAAGGAAGAGGAAGACGACGACAUGAAGGAAUUAGAGAACUGGGCCGGAUCCAUGUAACCGGGUCAGCACAGACUGGGCCCAGACAGACUCUGGUGGCCUGCGUGGUGGGCAGGCGUGUGCGUGUGCGUGUGCGUGCUCAGGGCAGGCAGGACGCUGCAAGGGGCAAGCAGCCUCCAUCACUCCACUCUCACUCCAAAGCAGUAGGCAGCAUCACCGCUCACUCGCAUAGCAUGGUCUGCGCCCAGCGGGGCGGGUGGGGGGCGGGGCGGGAGGGCGGGUGGGAGGUGCCUGCUGUUUAUAAUGUUGAAUUUCUGUAAAAUAAACCGUAUUUGCAAAUCCAACAUUGAGCUUCUGGACUAUGCUAACUCCACUGCUGACUCCUCAAUGGAAAGGGUUGACCGUUGGCAGUAGAGCUGGUCUGAAGAUGUAACCUCUGUCCUUUAAGUCAGCUGACUUGUCGCACAUCUCUUUGUAAGACUUGUAUGGUACUGGCAGAAAAGUCGUUUUUUAAAAGCCAUAGGCUUUUCCUUGUCCUUAGCUGUAACAAUGCGUCUUGGUUUCCUCCAGAGCUGUGUUUCUGUCAUCUGUGUACUGGCCCUCUGUGUCUUCCACUCUGGCCCUCUUCAACCACCCCCCACCUUGUCUUUUGGUGUUUGUGACACUGAUUUGAAAUGGAUGUGUUCUCUAGAGAGCAAGUGAGAUUGUUAGAAUGAAAUUCCAGCUAUACAGUUUUCUAACAUAGCUCUAAGGUCCUUGUUGCUGUUUGUGAUAACUGAUAGAUAACUCAUUGGAAACAUGUGCAUACAUUUAUAUUCAGAUGAAAUUAUGGUUUGCACUGUCUAUUAAAUAUCUCGAUUAAUUUUCAUA